AAACUUUUCAAGUUGCGAAGAGAGAGAGAGCAGUGGAAACCCUUGAGGUCUAAAAAUGUCAGAGCAACUGAAGGAAGCUUAGGAAGUUACCGAGAAACUGUUUUUUCCUCAUCAUCUUCUUACUAUCUUCUCUCAUGAAUACCCACAAAACCGAAGACGAUCUCUUCCACCACCACCACCACCACCACCACCAUCACCAUCAUCAUGAUCUGGCCCCACAUCCCUUGAUCAUCACCCACCAAACUGAAUCUCAGCCGUCCAUUCUCAACCCCAAUCACGAUGACCCUCCUUUCUCUUCUCUCCCUGAAAUCGUUCUGUUUCGAACCUCCUCCGACGACUCUCCAAGUCACUCUUCCUCCGAAAACGACGACGCUGCAACUAAUAACACCAACAGUGAUGUCAAUAACAACAAGAUGCCAAAUCAACCCCCGGCGUACAUUAGCCCCGAGCCCCAUAUAUCGACUCAAUUCUAUACUUUCAACGCGGAAUCGCAUGCGUUGAUGAUCCGUUGCAUUUUGGAGCAACGGCUGGCUACUCCAGCCGAGAUCCGAGCCGCCACGCCGAGAGCCGUUCUUAAAUCGUGGCGCUCCGUGUGGAAGGACCGCAACGAGGAUACUGCGUACCUGACCGCGUGGAAACGCAUCCAGGACAAACUGACGGCCCAUGUGGACCCCGCUUCUGGUAACGAAUUUCUCUGUUUCAAGAAUAAUUCACAGCAAUUUGUUUCUCACUUUAAUCAAUGGCAAGAUAUUGUUAUGAGAUUUCACGGCGAUGCCGACUUAAAACACUUAGGGCUUAAAGAAACAAUAGAGAGAAUUAAACAAGUGUGGACCGUAGGCGCUAAAUUUUACGGUAUACCGGAAAGUUACAUUAGGGUUUGUGUGGCUGCGUGCCCUGUGUGCUCUGCCUCAUCGGGGUCCGCUUCGAGGAGUAAACGGCGUAGGUUUGAGUAUACUGAGUCCUUUGAUGUUCCUGCUAAAGAGGUUCCUCAUAGGUUACAACAAUUAGCGGCCAAACAUAAGGUCGUGCUUUGUAUUAGACAGAAGUAUAUUAGGUAUAAGCCUUUUAUGGCUGAAGUGAAAGAUUAUGCAUGUCAUAGGGCUGGAGAGCCCGUGGCAAAGAAGUCUAGGAUGUUGAAGAGGGAACCUUAUGCAUCAAAGAGGUGUGGUUGUGGGUUUAGGAUUAGGGCUAUAGUACCUAUUGCAAAUUAUAAUGAGAAGGAUAAGACAUUUGUGUAUCAAGAGGAGGGGAUGGCAGUAUUUAAAUUGUAUGCAGUACAUUCAGGGCAUGAGCCAGGGCCAUUGGAUGGGAAUGCAAGGAUUAUACAUCGGGUUGUUGGGACAAAAGGUGGUUAUUUGAUGGAUCAAGAGAUGGUUUAUGGAGUGAGAGAGGAAAGUGAGGGAUUUGGGUUGUUGGGGAAGGAUGAGAGUGAUUUGCCGCUUUCAGUUUUUCAGCAAGUGCAGGAAUUAAGAGCUGAGGUUGGAUUGCUAGAAGGUAGACUUGGGAGAAUUCCACAUGAGUUACUGGGUUCAGUGUCUCAGGAAUUGUUUGAUGUGUUGAAUAAGGUUAGAAGUAUUGGAGAAGAGGGUUCAAAAUCAAUUGGGCUGAUGUCUGACAAGCCGCAUUCAGAUGAUGUGCUGGUGGGGGAAAGUGAUUUGGCACAUUGGAGAACACUUGGUGAUGGGAAGGAUACAGAAUUGAUUGAGGAUGAUGAAGAUAGUUUUGGGAGAACACUUGGGGAUGUUGUUCCUUGGGACCAGAUGAGAACAGAAUGUAGAAGUGAAAAGGAUCUGAUGAGUGGGCCUUGUAAACCUGAUAAGUGGUUGAAGUGCAGUGAUUUUGAUGAUAAAAGCAUUCUCGACUGUGAAGAUACUAAACUGACCAAGCCCAUGAGACAUGAUGAGUCAAUAGUGGGAGAUGUAAGUCUUGUCGGUCUACCAGUUGAUAGUUUCUACCAGGAUAAUCCUAAAUGGUACGAUUCUCCUUGCGGAUUGGACUCCAGUGCAGAUUGCGGAGACAGUGGCUUUAGACAUGGGGAAAUUGUGUAGAUUCCUGAAGAGCCUGUUAACCCUUUCUAACUUAGUCGUGAGUUUAAUAGUGCCCAUUCAUCUAUUCUUAUAGCUGAAACUGGGUUGUACAUUUAUGUAUACUCAAGAUUGGAUCCUCUCACAUGCUUUUAGGUUUGUUGUGUGUAAUUCUGUAAAGUAUAGCCAAUUGGGCUGCUCUGCAAAUACCUUAUUAUAACUCUUUGUUACCAUUUUCUGGACCUUCAUGAUUUUUAAUGGGGUUCUUUCUAUAAUGCACAUCAGUUCUUUUCUA